UCUGUCUUUUGCUCGGCCGCAUCAGUAAUCAUGGCGGACGGAGAAGUUCAGGUGCAGGGAAAACUCGAGCAUGAGGCAGUAGCUAACGGGGAAACAGUGAACAAUGUGAUAGAGGCGACAGAUCCCGCUGAGGAAACUACUAAGAAGAAGAAAAAGAAGAAGAAGAAGAACAAGUCAGCUGCCUCAGCAGGGAACAACGAGGCAGAGGGCGAUGGAGACUCGAGUGGUGUGGGCAAGGUGACAAAACAAUUGGAGCAGCAAGUCCUGGAGGAGAAGGAAGAGGAUGCUGAAGAAGAUGGAGAAGAGGGUGAAUCAGCAGGGAAGAAGAAGAAGAAGAAGAAGAAAAAGAAGGGACCAAAGGUGCAGACAGAUCCUCCAUCAGUUCCGAUCUGUGAUCUCUAUACGACCGGCAUUUUCCCAAAGGGACAGGAAUGUGAAUACCCAUCUACACAAGACGGCCGCACAGCAGCUUGGCGGAUGACGAGUGAGGAGAAGCGGGUCCUGGACCAGGCCAACGAAGAGAUGUGGAGUGACUUCCGGCAGGCAGCAGAGGCACACCGGCAGGUCCGAAGUUACGUGCAGGGAUUCAUCAAACCAGGGUUGACCAUGAUCGAGAUCUGUGAGAAACUGGAGGACUGCUCCAGGAAGCUGAUCAAAGAGAAUGGUCUCAAUGCUGGACUGGCGUUCCCCACAGGCUGCUCCCUCAACCACUGUGCUGCACACUACACUCCCAAUGCAGGCGACCCCACCGUGCUUCAGUACGACGAUGUCUGCAAAAUUGACUUUGGCACGCACAUCAACGGUCGGAUCAUUGAUUGUGCCUUCACCGUCACCUUUAAUCCAAAGUAUGACAAGUUACUUGAGGCUGUGAAAGAUGCCACAAACACUGGAAUCAAGUGUGCAGGUAUUGAUGUCCGCCUUUGUGACAUUGGUGAAGCCAUACAGGAGACUAUGGAGUCUUAUGAAGUGGAGCUGGAUGGGAAAACAUACCAAGUAAAGCCAAUCAGGAAUCUUAACGGCCACUCCAUUGGACAAUACAGAAUACAUGCUGGCAAAACAGUGCCAAUUGUCAAGGGUGGAGAGGCAACCAGGAUGGAGGAAGGAGAAGUCUAUGCCAUUGAAACUUUUGGUAGUACUGGAAAGGGCAUGGUCCAUGAUGACAUGGAGUGUUCACACUACAUGAAAAACUUUGAAGUUGGUCAUGUGCCAAUAAGACUGCCAAGAGCCAAGCAUCUGCUGAACGUGGUCAACGAGAACUUUGGCACGUUAGCCUUCUGCCGCCGCUGGCUGGACCGCCUGGGCGAGAGCAAGUACCUGAUGGCGCUCAAGAACCUGUGUGACCUGGGCAUUGUGGACCCUUACCCACCACUGUGCGACACCAAGGGCUGCUACACAGCCCAGUUUGAGCACACAAUCCUGCUCAGGCCGACCUGCAAGGAAGUGGUCAGCCGUGGCGAUGAUUACUGAACACGGCCGAACGCACGCACCCACCCCCCCAGACAAAGAAGAAAAGUAUCACGCACGGAAGAAUCACCCACUACUACUCCUCUCUCGCUUUUGGCUGGCAGCAAAAAUAUGUAUAACAACCUCUUGAGUUAUUUUGUUCGCUUCAGCUUCUUUUUCCCUAUUCAGUCUGGACAGAGGGAAAUAGGAUCAAAUGUCCUAGAGCCAGCCUGUUUGCAUCAUCCAAUUUGAGACAAUGAGAAGAACUUUAGCGAUAACGUUGUCCGUUUUCAUUCUUUUGCCUUUUGAGAGCUCUACCAGGAUACUUCCUCCCUUCUGGGUCGGUUCAGGUAACAAAUAAACUUCUUUACACCUUAGGCUUCGAGCAGGAUAUUGAUGACCUGUUCCAAAGAAAGGCUAGUCAUUUUUAGACCACGACACAAAGGAAGCACAAUGUAGCGUUUACAUUUUGAAUGGCGUUACAUCGGUAAGAAAUCCUGUGUUUGGAUACAUUACAGUGGAUGUUGACUCUUUAGAGUCAUUUAAAAAUACAUGUAAUAAAAAGAGAUAAGUCAC